AUGAAGCUCACCUGGGACAUCAACGACCCCAAGCUCCCGCAGGAGCCCAAGCACUUCGAUGCCUUCCAGGAGUGGCCUGAUGGCUACGUGCGGCUCAUCUACUCGAGCGAGGAGAAGAACGCUCAGCGGCACCUCAGCGGCUGGGCCAUGCGCAACACCAACAACCACAACUGCCAGAUCCUCAAGAAGUCCUGCCUGGGCGUGGUGGUGUGUGCCCGGAGCUGUGCUCUGCCCGGCGGGGCCAGGCUGCAGCUGCGCCCCGCCAUAUGCGACAAGGCUCGGCAGAAGCAACAAAAGAAAGCCUGCCCCAACUGUAACUCUGCCCUCGAGCUGAUUCCUUGCCGAGGUCACAGUGGAUAUCCGGUCACUAACUUCUGGAGGCUUGAUGGCAAAGCAAUAUUUUUCCAGGCUAAAGGAGUCCAUGACCACCCCCGGCCAGAGAGUAAACUGGAGGCAGAAGCAAGAAGAAGCGCAAUUAAGAAACAAAUGUCCUCUUAUCACCACUCCCAAAAAAAGAGAUCUCUAAACUCAGAGGCAGGAAGGUAUAACGACAGCAGUGGUUACACCAAUAACCUACAGAAUUUUCACUGCGUGGAUGGCCCAGAAAGAGUUGGUAUCUUCACAGACACAAAUUUUUCGAUUCCAGCCCAGUCUUACCCUUCGCUGCAGAACGCAGAUCUCUACAAGGCACCAUACGACUCAGCCAGCUUCCAAGAGGAUCAGCUGUCACCAUACCCUAAAUGCCCAAAUCCAAGGAUCUACAUGCCCAUGCCAUGCACUUAUGAGUUUGGAGUUCCUACCUUUAUAAGCUCGAGUCCUUACCCAACAUUUUACAAAGAUCUGACCGGUCCUGCCAUUGAUGCAGACCCCCUCAGUCUGAACGGGUCUCACUACAAUGCUGUGACCACCCACGAUAAGAGUUCCGAUAAUCCUGGCAGGCAUUACGGACUGAAACCAGCGUGGGGGAAAACCAGCAGUGCAGACCGGAGUGACUACGGGCAGGUGUCAAGUGCUCCCCACCCUUACUACAGCGGAGACUAUCCCUGCAGGUACAGCCCCAGCCCCGCUCCCAUGGCCCCGCCGCUGCAGACGGUCAUCACCACCACCACCAAGGUGUCCUACCAAGCCUACAAGCCCCCCGCGCUGAAAUACAGCGACAACCUCUGCGACGUGAAAAACCUCCAGAGCUACACCCACGUGGCAGAAAACGUCUCGGGUGCCAUCUAUUCAGGGAUGAAGAUUCAGGAAGACUUUGGGAUGAUAAAGUCAGCGUUGCUCUACCAGCACGACUCCAUGCCCACAAAAUCCAAACCAGCCGAGAGCAUGGAGAGCUAUCGGUAUGGGCUCCCUCUGGGGAGCAGCUUUGCUGAGCAUGAAGGCCAGGCCCUAAGGUUUGAGAGUGCUGAAUACUGACUAAACGGUGCCUAAGUGACAAACAUCUGCAGAUAGAAGAAUAGAUUAUUGUGCUGACCAUGUGAGUGCUAAGCCAAGUGGUUUGGGAUCUUGAUCAAGAGAGCUUUUUCUUAAAAGCAUCUUUCUGGAGCUAUGUGCUGAAUGAAUUAUACUUUGCAUCUAAUUUCAAAGAAACCCCACACAAUCUUUAAAAUGGCACAAGGAACUGAGCCUAAAACACACCUAGGAGAAGGUAAUAUGGAGGCACAGCUCUGGAAGUCAACAACCUCCUCUGAUAGCAAGUCUAAUUCACUUACGGCUGGAACUCCUGCCAGAUGCCUCAAGCUUUGAGAGAAAUGUAAGAAAGAAAAGACUGAUCAGGUAAUGGGAGAAAAAAAUGAAGAAAAAUGGCUAUAGAUUAUAGUCAACUGAAGGAAAUAGCAGAGAAAGAAAGACAUAAAAGAAAUGUGAAAGCAAGACAAUUUGCAGACUAAUUCACCUGUUACGAUCUUUUUGACGAAUGAAAAGAUCAGCUAAGUUUCUCUGAAACGAGAAAUGAAAAAUCUGAGACCUAAGAAAUGAAACAUGCUAAAUUCAUGUUGCUUUUUGAUCCCCUGUAUCAAAAGCAGAGACUACCCAGCCCUUCUAUGCAAGAAGGACAUCCCAGCACAGCCAUACCAGGAACUGAUGCCCUGUAACACUCAGCCUGGAGGCAGGAAAGCUCAGGCAGCCCCCACUAAGCCUGCUCAGCAUCACAUGGCUGCCAGAGUUAGCUUACAUGGUCCCGAAAACCAUUUGCAGUGAAACUGCUUUUGCUUAAAGAGGCCUGGCAAGCUGGUCAGACCAAUUGGUUAUUGGUACAGAAUUCUCUUUACUCAUGAAUGCAACUUGUCCUGUCUAAGAAUGUAACAUCCCAGCUGUUUAGUGUAGAUCAGUGUUGAAUGAACCUUUCCUGGCUGCCUCUCUGCACUCCAUCUCCAUCAGGUCUUUCUCCCUCUCUUCAGGGACUUCUAGUGAUUUUUCUCUCUGUAAUCAUAGCUCCCCUUGACAGCACUACAUCAGAAAUUAAAAUAACAGCCAACAGAGUGGUUACGAAACAAAAUCUCCAAACUGAACUAAGCAAAGAAAACAUAAGGAAAUACAUUCCCAAAUUCAUCCCUAAAGCAACUAAUUAAUCUGGAAAGAAGAAAAAACAAAGAGUGUUGGUUUAGAACCAAAGACAUUUUGAAAGCUGCCUAGUACUGGGGAAUAGAACCCUCACCUAAAAUGUGUCUUCUAAGCAAGGGAGCUAAGUAGAUACAGGGCAUUGAUUAGGGUCAAAAAAUUUCUUUCAGUAACAUUAUUAUUAAAUUACCAAGUAUUUUAACUUUUUGAACACUUUUUUUUUACCUGUCUUAUGCAUAUUUUUGCUAUGUUUUGAGAAGCAGCAUACUACUAUAGCCUUUCAAUAAAUGUGAAAUCACAGUUAAAAGCACAGCACCACAUAAAUUAAUGUGAGAAGUUGGCUAGUUAGAAUUUUAAGUUUCUGUGCACUGAAGCCACCAUUAAACUGGUAAAAAAA